GUCCCAGUAGGCUUGCCGUAGCUGCAGAAGUCUCACGUAAAUAGAUGGGUGUAUCGAUGAUUAGCGCAUUUUAUUGUUUAUUCUCAAAAAGACACACAAUAUGGAAUAUAAUGAUCACAGUUUAACUCUGGACUGUUUAAUAAGUAUAUUUUCUUUUCUCACUGAAGAGGAUUUAAUCAGAGUGUCGUGUGUUUGUAAGGAAUGGCACGAAGCUGCAGAAACGCAGUGGUUAUGGAGAGAAAUGUGUCUGCGCCGCUGGGGUUUCUGUAACGUGGCCCAGCUGUUAUCAGACCCGAGCUCUUACACGUGGAAGCGUUAUUAUCUCCAUCGCUCUUCUCUGGAGCUGAAGAUGAAGAGCGGGAGAUCAGGAGGAGAUUACAGCUGUAAGAGCCUGAGAGGACACGCAGGUCGGAUUGUUGGGUUCUCGUACCUGAAGGGAAACAGCGCUUUACAUGACAUGUGGAACUUCACGCCGAUCGUCUGCAGCGCCUCCACUGACGGAACGCUCAAAGCCUGGGACAUUCACAAGGGUGUUAGUCUGUGGUCCAGCUCCGCUCAGAACCCGCUGACCCGGAUGGUCACAGACGCAGAGCGGGACGUGGUGAUCACGUCGGACAGCGCCGGGACGAUUAGCGCGUGGCAGGGACGGACGGGAGAGCUGCUGAGCUCGUUCUCCUCGGGCUCGUCUCAGUGCACGUUAAUGACCUUCAGCACGGAGGGAAACUCUUUCGUCAUGGUGGGAAUGGCUCUGGGAUCGUUCCUCGUCCUGACGUCACCACAGCUGUGUGAAACAUCACGGCAUGUCGUGUGCGACUCGUUCAGUUUGAAUCUUCUCCUCUCAUCGCCUGAUAAAAAGUGGAUUCUCACUGCGUCCAAGGACAACUCCGAUCUCAGCCCGAAGGUGUUCAGCAGUCAGAGUGUGUGUGCUCCUGUGGAAGACGCUGAAGCGGUGUGUGUGAAUUUACCCGUUAGUGGCUGCGCAGCUGCUGCGUUUUUUCCCUCUCAGCCUGCGCGAGUGGCCGUCGUUCACAGCAGCACGCCGCUCAGCCACAGCGCUCUCUCCGUGUUCGAGUUCAGCCUGAAGAAAUCCAGAUACAAGCAGGAGGCUCAGGCUCAGCAGGUUGAAUCUUUCCGGCUGGAUUUAAACUCUUGGCACUCGGACAUCGUUCUCCAGGCGAAAGGGAACAACACGGUUCUGCUUGCGGACGGUAACGAUCUGAAGGUCUACACUCUGAAAGGCGAGCUCAUCUCCAGCUUUAAGGAGCAUCUACAGCCCAUCACGUCUGUGUGUGUGGACGAUUUCCGGGUGGUCACGGCGUCGCAGGAUUUAUCUCUGAGAGUGCUGACGUGGAGGAAGGACAGAGAUAAAGGAUUAACGCUGGAGAGUCAGUAUCACCUGCUGGGCGGCUCUCACACCAUGUCCAGAGGAUUCACUGCGGUGGCGUGUGAUUAUGCGAGUAUCGUCGCCUCGGUGGAAGCUGUUAACGGGAAGGACGUCCUGAAGGCCUACAUCUUUAAUUCUUGAACAUUUUGUGGAAUUUUAAUAAACAACCAUUUACACCAACUAUAUUAAAAUAACUGUCAUAGCGCUGCUUGUGCGUUUUAGAGCAAUCAUCACUGUGCACACUGAAAGUUUUAACAUUAAAAUAAAGAGCAGUGUCUUUUUUUUUUUUAAUCGUUCAGGUCAGAUUUUUAAAUUUCUCCAACAAACUGCGUUAUUAAAGCGAUUUGUUUUGUAGAAAUGCAGUGUGCUGUGUUCAGGGUUCGUUAAGCAUUCGUUGGAUGAUAAUAACAAUAAAGCAGCUUUACACAAA